UCUUGAACUUUAUUCUUCUUUUCCACAACAUAUUUUUAUUAACCUUUAGAACUUUUUUGUACAUUUUUUUGGUCCUUAAUUUCUUUUUAGCUUAAAAUUUUUACUGACAAUAUUCUUUAAUACUUGCAUUACAAAAUGGGGAGCCACGUGCCUUUGACAGCGCAGGACAUGUUUAAACUUCCAACGACGGCAGAAACAGUUGUGUUUUAUACAUCCCUGGGGAUCACUCUAACAUCGCUAUUCCCCCUUGGCUAUGCCAUUUGUCUCAGAAGCUUUCCGCCUAUAAAAGCACAGCAUGUGGGUAUCACAGUUACAAUCGGUAUCGGCGGGAUCAUUUCUAACAUUACUUAUAAUAUUGCACAAGGAAUGGCUAUGUACAAUGGUGCACUUGGAGCAUGCAGGUUUUGGGGUGCCUGGGCUGUAUUUACAUUUGGUCUGGCGGUGUUUUUGUCUGCCAUUUACAUGCGCCUAGUCCUGUUUUAUCGCGUGUUUAUCUCGGGCAGCACAAAAGCACGUACAGAAAACAAAACUGUUGGAUUUUUCCGCAAAUUCUGGCCUUUCUUUGCAAUGUGGUCACCAGCUCUCAUCACAAGCAUUGUGAUCACUUCGCUCAAGGGCCCACAGGGCAUAUGGCUUCUCGAGGAUCAUGGCCUGCGCGCGUGCGCAUUCAGCGAUGGGUAUUUAAUGUGGAUUUAUGUAUACUUCCUCAUCAUGAUUAUCGCAUCAUGGGUGCUGUAUUUCCGCAUGCGCAAGAUUGCCAAUGCGUUCAACGGCUUUCGUAUGGCCAUCUGGACUAUAGUUGUUUCGACAAUUGUUUUGGUUGUCAGUAUGGUGCUGAAUCUCACUAAGGGCUCAAACUCUCCCUGGGGUCGGAUUGCCAUCGCCUUGACAAACAUGGCCAUGCUUAACGGCUACAUUUGGAUGAUUUUAGGGCCUCCAGUUAUCGGACACAUGUUUUGGCGCGAGCGAACAAUGCGCAAUUUUAUGAACACGCUUCACAAGGACAGUUUCAUUGCUCAGCAAAAAUGCAGUAUAGAGAUGAGUGCGCAUGCUCGCGGACAGUUGGAACACGAUAUGCGCGAAAUUUCCAUAUUUGGUCACAGCGAGUCAUUUAAUGGCAGUGUUAGCCAAAAAGAAGCAAUGAUCGCUACCCAGCUUAAUUACCAAAAUCUAACGCCCGUGUUCACGAAUGAUUUGCGACAAAUGCUUUAGUAUUAAUAAUAUUAUUAAAUACACUUAAAUUUGACGACAUAAAAUGCCAUUUAAAUAACAUACA